AUGAAGAAAAGCCAGUUCCAGUGGACUCCGGAAGCAGAGAGUGCGUUCCGCGAGAUGAAAGAUUGCCUCAUAAAACUGCCAACAUUAACCGCACCAAACAAAGGAGAACCUUUGGUACUUUACCUGUCAGCUUCCGACAGGGCAGUCGGGGCUGUACUACUCGUCGAUCGUCAAGGUGUUCAAACACCAGUAUACUAUGUGUCGCGAACCUUGACCGAUCCAGAGACCCGGUAUGCAAUUAUGGAGAAGCUAGUCCUUGCACUGAUCCAUGCUUCAAGACGCCUGCGCAGGUAUUUUGCCAACCACGUUAUCCACGUGCUAACAAACUACAACAUUGGAAAUAUCCUUGCAAGGCCAGAAGUAUCAGGAAGGUUAGCCAAAUGGGCAAUAGAACUGGGAGGUCAUAACGUGGUUUUCAGACCAAGACCAUCAAUCAAAGGCCAGGUCUUGGCAGAUUUUAUGACGGAAGUCCCAGAUGACAAAGACAGAGAAUGUAAAGCGAUGGAGAAAACUGAGAAAAAGCAAACAGAGGAGCCAUGGCUGUUGUACACAGAUGGUGCAUCUAAUGAAGAUGGAGCAGGUGCGGGGCUAAGGCUGGUAAGUCCAGACAAACAUGAAUUCACAUACGCCAUACGCCUGGAUUUCAAGAGUACAAACAACGAAGCAGAGUAUGAAGCCUUCCUGGCUGGCCUACGAUUGGCAAUCAAGAUGGGGGUCCGACACAUCGAAGCGCAUGUGGACUCCAUGUUAGUAGCAGGCCAAAUCAGCGGCCAAUAUGAAGCCAAGGGCGAUAUAAUGGCACUCUAUCUCAACCAAGCGAAAACAUUGCUACAAACCUUCUAUUCCUACAAGGUGCACCACAUAAAUCGAAGCGAAAACAAGCCGGCCGAUGCUUUAAGCAAGCUGGCAUCAACAAGUUUCCAGCACCUAGCAAAAGAUGUGCGCAUAGAGGUCUUGAGCAAUCCAUCCGUUCCACUGAGAGAAGUAAGCGUCAUCCAGACAGGAACAACGUCCUGGAUGAUGUCGAUAAUCAUGUACUUGCAGUCAGGGAUACUUCCAGAGAACAAAGCCGAGGCGCGGAAGAUACAAUACAAAUCAGAACACUAUCAAAUGGCAGACGGGAUACUGUACCGAAAAUCGUAUCUUGGCCCACUGCUACGAUGUGUUGACGCCGACGAUGCGAACUAUCUGAUCCGGGAAGUGCAUGAAGGAAUCUGUGGACGCCAACGCCGGAUAUUACUGGCCCGGGAUGCAUCUCGACGCUGUGAAAGAAUUGAGAAAGUGCAGUGGCUGUCAGAGGCACGAACCAAAGACCAUGCGCCCCAAGAACGAACUAGUGCCCGUAACAACCGCAUGGCCUUUUCAACAAUGGGGCAUAGACAUGCAGAUGAUCUCGAACGAUGGUUCAAAGAAUUGAACAUCGAACACACCUUCUCUUCAGUUGCGCAUCCGCAAGGGAACGGUCAAGUCGAGGCAAUCAACAAAAGCAUUGUCGACGGCAUAAAGGCAAGGCUCGGUGAAAAACGACGAGGAUGGGUCAACGAACUACCCAGCAUACUAUGGGCCCAUAGAACAAUGCCAAAAACAAGCAAUGGCGAAACGCCUUUCAGCUUGGUCUAUGGGUCUGAGGCAGUGAUCCCAGCUGAAAUCGGGCUACCGUCUCCGAGAAUGCUCUCCAUGAACUUAAUCAACAACGACGAAGAAAGGAGGAUCGACCUGGACCUCCUAGAAGAACGGAGGGAGAUGGCAGCAAUCAACGAAGCCAAGUACAAGUCGAAGCUGGAAAAGUAUUACAACUCCAGAGUCCGAAUCUGCACCUUCAAUCCGGGAGAUUAUGUCCUAAGAGACAACGAAGCGUCCAACGCAGAAAAGCCCGGAAAACUGGCUCCCAAAUGGGAAGGCCCAUACAUAGUCGAUGCAGUACUCGACAAAGGAGCCUACAAACUACGCACCAUCAACGACAAAGAGGCUCCACGAACCUGGAAUGCCCAACAACUCCGAAAGUGCUACAUGUAA